GGGAGUAGGUAAUUUUCAAGGAAAUAUCAAUAAAGAAGGAGAAUUUGAGUAAGUUUCUCUACACUCUUUCCAAUUCUGGUACGAUAGUAUUUCAACUUAGCACCUCACUUUCUAAAGAGAGAUUGCUUGGCGUCGGCGGACGAAAAAGUCGCUGAGUAACUAGAAAGUCGCACUACAUAAUGGAGGAAUUCUCACGCAUUCAGGAGAAAUACACAGCUGAAGCGCAGAAGCGUCUUCGCCCUGAUGGCACAGCCCAAUACCAGGUGCUGUCGCAAAGCGACUCCAAUCAUUUACGACACUUAGUCGACGACAUCUGGGCAGAUCAUGCUUCUCUCGAUGCACUUCCCUCUCCCAUUAAGUCUGGGGAUUGCCCAAAGUUCCUCAUCAUUGGCGCGGGGAUGGGUGGGCUGGUAAGCGCGGUUCGGCUUAUCCAGGCCGGGUUCACAGCAGAUCAGAUUCGAAUCAUCGACACGGCUGGCGGGAUUGGGGGUACGUGGUACUGGAAUAGGUAUCCUGGUUUACAUUGCGAUAUCGAAUCUUACAUUUACCUACCUCUAUUGGAGGAGAUGGGAUAUAUGCCUUCUCACAAGUAUAUUCCCGGGGUUGAGAUUCGGCACUAUCUUAACGAUAUAGUAAAGCGGUGGGAUCUCAAGGACAAGAUUCUUCUUAGGACGAAAGCAGACAAAGUAGAGUGGGAUGAUGGUGCCCGUCUUUGGAAAGUCGAUCUCACCACCCAGCGAGGACCGACAGGCGCGGAAAAUGUCUCAUUGACAGUGAAGGCGGAAUUCGUGCUUUUAACAGCUGGGUUGUUAACUAGGCCACAAAUCCCAAGGCUCCCCGGUGCCGGGAUCGAUGGUUUCAAGGGCGACCUCUUCCACACAUCGCUGUGGAACUACGCCAUCACCGGAGGCUCAUCGGAAGAUACCGUCCCGGUCUUGUCAAAGCUAGAGGGCAAGCGAGUAGGCAUUAUCGGUACCGGCGCAACUGCAAUUCAAGUAGUGCCAUACCUAGCCAAACAUGCGAAAGAAGUCUACGUGUUCCAGCGCACGCCCAGCGGCGUCUACGCCCGUAACCAGAGAGCCACAGAUCCGGAAGAGUGGAAGAAGGUUACCGCUCAGCCUGGCUGGGAAUUGGAACGCAAUAAAAACUUUGCGUCUCACAUAUCCGGCAGCGCAUCUCCAGGCACUCCGGAUUUAGUAAAUGACGAGUGGUCUAAGCAACCUGCGUAUUCGGCCUUAGUCGGCGACGAGAAGUUCGCGCUAGUGGCGCCGGAAAAGAUACCAGAAGUGAUCGGCUACUUCAUGGCGCGGGACGCGGAAAAUAGCGCGCGGCUACGAGCGCGGAUCGCCACGAUCGUCAAGGACGAGGAGACAGCCAAGAAACUAACCCCGUGGUACCCGGCGUGGUGCAAACGAAACACGUUCAGCGACACGUACCUGCAGACUUUCAACGAGCCGCACGUGCACCUCAUCGACACAGACGGUAGGGGCGUCGACGGCGCAACGGCGCACAGCAUCGUUGCCAACGGCCAGGAAUACCCACUCGACAUCCUCGUGCUAAGCACGGGCUACCAGUCACCCGCAGUCCUCGAGAAUGCGGCCGCGCGCGCGGACAUCAAGCUUUUCGGGCGGGGGGGCAAGACUAUUCCCGAGAGCUGGGCAAGCACGGGUACCGCGACGCUACACGGGUACGCGAGCCACGGCUUCCCGAACCUGUUCUGGCUCUCGCCCUCUCAGACGGGGGUGGGCGCAAACCACGCCUUCACGCUGGACACCCAGUGUCGGCACAUCGCGUACGUAGUGGCAACGGCGCACAAGCGGGUAGGCGGAUUGACUAAGGGCGGAUUGAUGAUUGAGGUCGAGGAGGCAGCGCAGGAGGCGUGGAGCCAGAGGAUCGUUCAGGGGGCGGGGAGGUUCGCGACGAUGGCGAUAUGCACCCCCAGUUAUAUCAACAACGAAGGACAUAUAAUGGACCCAAAUGCCUCGCCGGAAGAAAUGGUAAAGCGGGCACGUGCAUCCCCGUAUAGUGGUGGAAUAGUAAGGUUCUUGAAGGAGUUGGAUACCUGGCGUGAGGGAGAUAAAUUGUCCGGGAUAGAGGUUACUAUCUCGUAGCGAAUUAGUCCAAAUACUUCAGGUUUAUAGGUUCGCGGGUGUUGCCCAUAUACCUACCUUAGUAGGUGCUUGUACCUACUAGGUAGAUACCUAUUUAAGGAACCUAGCGCCCGUUAUAAAUCAUAAAUACAUUACCUAGUUUAUCUUAGAAGUUAUGCCCACGUAUUUCCAUAUCUACUAGAGAAUUACAAAGG